CCCUUUCUGUGGUGCUGUCCUCUUUUUUAAUAUUUUAAGCCAGAUGCCUUAAGUGAUAUAUGUAUUAUUUUCCUUUCAGUACAAAAUUUCUCUCUUUGAUAGACUGCUUUUGUCUCAGGGCCCCAACACUGCUGUCUGCUGGGGGCACCAUAACCGCUUCACUCUUCCUGCUGGGACUUCAGCACACCUCAGUCGGUCCUGUUGGAGUUGCGGGAGUAAAAAUAGAUAUUGAAAAACUUUAUGAAGCAGUGCCACAGCUUGUAAAUGUGUUCAAAAUUAAGGAAAAAAUUGGAGAAGGUACUUUUAGUUCAGUUUAUUUGGCCACAGCCCAGCUACAAGCAGGAUGUGAGGAAAAAAUGGCUUUGAAACACCUAAUUCCAACUAGUCAUCCUCUACGAAUUGCUGCUGAACUUCAGUGCCUUACAAUAGCAGGGGGGCAGGAUAACGUUAUGGGAGUUAAAUAUUGCUUUAGAAAAAAUGAUCAUGUAGUUAUCGUUAUGCCAUAUCUGGAACAUGAAUCCUUUUUGGAUGUUUUGAACUCUCUCUCUUUUGAAGAAGUACGAGAAUACAUGUUUAAUCUGUUUAAAGCAUUGAGGCGCAUUCAUCACUUUGGUAUUGUUCACCGUGAUGUCAAGCCCAGUAACUUCCUGUACAACAGGCGGCUGAAAGAGUAUGCCCUAGUAGAUUUUGGUUUGGCACAAGGAACCCCUGAUACGAAAAUAGAACUACUCAGAGUUGUCCAGUGUGAAAGCCAACAGGAAAGUUGCUCACAAAAUAAGCCUCACCUAACCUUGGGAAACAGGGUUUCUGUCAAUGUUACAGCAUCUAGACAGAUAGCUCAACAGUCAGCCUCAAAAACAUCUGAUAAAUGGUGCUGCUCGCUUUCACAAAUGCAGAUUAAACAAGGAAAAGAAGGAAAGGAGGGGUCUGCGCACCAUUCUGUCCAACGCUCUGUCUUUGGAGAGAGAAAUUUUAAUAUUCAUAGCUCCACAUACCAUGAGAGCCCCACAAUAAAAGUCAUAAAGCAAUCAAAGGUGAUGGAUGUUGCAUCUAGAAAAUUAGCAACAAAGAAGAUUAUUUCUACAAAAGCAGUGAACAAUGGUGUAGCCAGGAAAGCUGCCAACAGUUGCACAGCUGUCUUGACCUGUGACUGUUAUGCAACAGAUAGAGUUUGCAGUGUUUGCCUUUCAAGACGUCAGCAAGUUGCUCCUAGGGCGGGUACACCAGGAUUCAGAGCACCAGAGGUGUUAACUAAGUGCCCUACUCAGACUACAGCAAUUGAUAUGUGGUCUGCAGGAAUCAUAUUCCUUUCUUUGCUCAGUGGACGGUAUCCAUUUUACAAAGCAAGUGAUGAUUUAACUGCUUUGGCACAAAUCAUGACUAUUCGCGGAUCCAGAGAAACUACUCAGGCUGCUAAAACGUUUGGCAAAUCAAUACUGUGUACUAAAGAAGUCCCAGCACAGGAUUUAAGAACACUCUGUGAAAGACUGAGAGGAACAAAUAGCAGCUGUGCUAAAUCAACAAGCGAUGUGCACACCAACUCUUUAUAUGAACCUGCUUUGGCAAUUGACACAGACAAAAAGGUGGAGUUUACUCCCCAACCACCUGGGGAAAAAAUCCAGCAUCUGAAGAACUGUCAUGAAGGUAACAAUGGCUUGGAAAUUAAGAUAACAGAAAAGGCAACUGAUUUGAAAGGAUGGGACAGAGUUCCUGAUGAGGCUUAUGAUCUACUUGAUAAGCUACUGGAUCUAAACCCAGCUACAAGAAUAACUGCAAAAGAGGCUUUGCUGCAUCAUUUUUUUAAAGAUAUCAGACAGUGAGAAGACACCUGAUUCCAUUAUUUCCUUGAUCUUUGCUUCACAUGAAAAUAUCAUACAAUAUAGUUGAAUUUCAGAUGCUCACUUUGAGUGUAUUUAUCUUCAUGGCAUGUAGUGAUCUGCUUUUCUUGUACUGUGUGGAAGAGGUUUCUGAAAAAUUGCCAGAAAUAUGUUUCUGGUGGAGGAAGGUUGGCAUCAUGGAUUGGUAGUAGAAUACAGAGCAUUUCACCUUUUUAAAUCACAAUUUCAAGUCAAUUUCUUGUUACUAGUGAUGGAAACAUCUUCUGAUGGCUGUUCAGUGGCCUAUGUGAAGUGAAUUUAUGGUUGUAGUCCAACUGUAGAAGACAAGUGUUCACAUUACCAAAACCCUUCCUUGCUGACACUCAGAUACCAAAUACUGAAUAAGCAAGACAAGUGACAUACUUUCACACACACCCCAGGUUAUUGCUGAAGCUCAUUGCUGAGGUGUGGGAAAGGUAGCUGUCUGUACUGUACCUGUUCUAUGAGGAAAAGAAGGAUGUAGUCCAAGGCUGUCAAUAAUAAGUUUCACAAGCACUAAGUUGACUUAUUUGUUUUUAAAUCUUCUAGUAAAAUUUAAAAUCUUUCCUAUAAAAUAGAAUACACAAAUGUAUGUUAAGUGUGGUUAUAAUAUGAGGAAAUGGAGUGUGACUUUUGGUUAACAUACAACGUUUAGUAUUCUGUCCACAUGCAUACAUCCCUUUCUUUUCUCCUUGUGAUCCACUUACUGUCCAGCUUGUUGUACUUUUAGUAUUGGACAGCCUAGCUACAUUGCCACUGGCCACAAAUAGUCUAUCCAAGUCAUCCCCGGAGAAUACCUUUUUAUUUUUUUUAUUUUUAAAUUAACUGCUAAUCUAGGGGUCAGGUAUUGUUUUGACUGUGUAACCUCCGUAAGGGCAAGUGUUCCAAGAAGUAUACCUUCCCCACCCCACUUGGGCAGUGGAGAUUAGCACAAUUGCUCUUAUUGUGCACAACCUGUACUUUCUCAACUAACGUAACAUGGGUAACUGUCAAUGCCCACCUCACUGAGUAGCUCAUUUGGCAUGUAUGCAUAUCAGUAUGACUGUUUUGGAAACUUGUAUUUUCACAAACUGUCCAUUAAAUAAAAGUUUUGCUUUUAUAA